UGUACGUAAGCGUAGCAACGGAUCAUACAAUAUCCCGGAUUACACCACACAGUUUGAACAAAGCAAAAUAUCAUCCAGACUCCACCGACGCGCCAAUGCCACUCAGACUCAAGCAUGAGAAUGAUCGCAGUCGUGAGCAUGAGGAGCAGCUGGUCACAAAGUCUGAUGAUGCGAGGGUCGUGCGCGUGCGAGAGCCUGAUUUUACAAGAAAACGGCGCGUCAGACAGCGUACGAGGAGCGAUGGAGGCGAUAAGGAGACUGGAGUGAGGAGAGGAGAGGAGGAGGCGAGACGAGCGAAUGAAGAGAGAAGGGGAAGGUCACGUGAUGCGAGGCGGCCUGUGCAGCCCACAUGGCCCGCAUCCGAGUAUCAACUGCAGUACCACUGGAAAGAGCCAGCACCAACAGAGUCGCCGUUGCUCGUUGCCGACCACAUGCUCUUUGGUAAGACAAGGAACAUUAGCGGAGCAACUCAAACGGAUAUCAUUCCCAGACAGUCUGAAUACAAAUCACAAUUUAUAGACCAUCAGUCACAGCCACCCAGCAGACUUCCAAGUCGGCCACCUGCAGUUAAUGCAGCUGAUGGACCAACUGUUACCACGCCAACACAUGCUAAGCAGACUGAAGAUCUGAGUCCUUGUGAUGAGGAUCAAGAGAGACGGGAAGUUGGGAGAGAGCAACGACAUUCGCAGCCACAGUUGGGAAGGGAAGUGGUUCAAGUGGGAAGGGAACCCGGGCAGGAGGUAUUGGUGAGACAAGAGAUGAGGAAUGUGAAACAGAAACGAGAGCAUGAGAUGCCUCAUUCAUUGGAUUUGCACAGGAAAAGGCAGAGGAGAGUAAAAUCAACGUACAAAUCAAGCUACAAAUCUCCCACGAAGUUUCUGUAUUGGAAGGGAGCUUAUGUAUCUCCUAAAAAAAGAGUGCAGGCUCGUGAUGAAGAUUCUCUGGAGUCGUGGUUUGCUCAAGUGCUGGAGCUGCGACAAUUAGCACAACGGUAUCAACAGCGCUCAAGGGGAACACAUUUCUCUCACAACUAUUUCAUGAAAAUGGAGAGCAACGAAGACGUUGCAACGUCGGACAGUAAGUCGGAUGACUCGUCUAUCAGUCUGCCUCCCAGGCAUCCACAGAGUGUCAACGCACAAAGAGUCCCGAAUGUUGCACUCGAACGGCCACCUGAACGUCAAGGUCCUCGUAAGGCAUCAUCUCGUUAUGCUGUGGAUGGUGAUGUACAGGAAGCAUCAAAUGCACAGAAGACAUCUGAUGCUGACAGGCAGCUGUUUGUUCGUCGCCCACCACCAAUACCUUACGACCAGAAUGGCACUGAUGACAGUGACAUAGAAAUAGAAGACAUGGAGAGCAAUGGAGACAAGGAACAAGACGUACAAAGAAAAACGUAUCACAAAGAUACACCUGCACUGCGUGUUACUCAACUGCAGCGAAGACCAGUGACGUCUCAUCAGUCACCAGACUCUCAAACUCGGCAAAUGAGGCGAACCAGACUUGUAGGAGGCUCUGCCACUCAUAGCAACAAUCAACCUGUCCACCCUCGUCAUCGUCAAACAAGGAUGCAACAUGUUCCUCAGAUUUCAUCCAAUGACGUCGUGCGUACACAACUGGAAAUGCCACAAUCACGUGACCCACUGAUUGGUCAAAGUUCUGUCAACAUGGGGCCAAGACACAGUUUUCAGUCUCACACAGUGCCGAUUGUGAAAAAGCAUGCUGCUCGUGACAUCGAAGCGGCACAAGGUAUGAUGCCUCCGUCCCCAGAGAAAGACCCGCUCAUCGGACACAUGGGAGGCUUUGGUCCUCGCCACAUGUUUCAGUCACAGCACAUUCCCAUUGUAAAACCGGGAGAAGAAUGGGGUGACUUAGACAGGACACCUCCAGACUUCAAGACUCGACGAGUGCCCAACACUCGGGAAAAUAGACAGAAAUUGAAGGGCAGCACACACGCACCUCACGACAAACCACGUUGUACAUGUGGAGCUGAAGAAAUCAAUCAAGAUAUUGAUGACAUUUCGGACACAUCUUCUGUUCUGUCAGAGUCUCAGAGUGUUGCCUCUGAGACGUUAGAGAGAGCCAGGAAACGGCAGAACUACUGGGCAUGAUUGUACACGUUCUGUCAUUUGGGUAUAUUAGGCCUACUGAUCAGUAAUCUGGCUCAUUGCAUGCAUUUUUUGAUUGUUGCGUCUGUAUAGCGUUUGUCAAUUUAUGUGAACAUUUACGCACUGUGCCAUGUGAUGAUGUCUUAAAAUAUUUUGAAUAUUUGUAUAAAUCAUUUGCCAC